AUGGACGUCUCUGACUUGUGCAUGUCUUCAGAUGAAGGCAGUCCAGCUUCCGAUGUAAUCAUGAAUGAACAAUCGACUCAACAACGACUUCCAUCCAUUCAUGAUCUCACAGGACAACAACCUCGACCCACAGCAAUGGAACAGCAAUCAAUUGACAGUAGCAGCAGUAGUAGCGGCAACAAUACCAUGCAUGUCAUGCAAUCACUUUCAGAUCCAUCAUCAUCAUCCACCACCACCACCAUUAAUUUGACUCAGGCUAUCAAUACGUGCACAUCUCUUUGUCAGGACAUCGAGGUGAUGAGACGCGAUUGCCAGGACUCGGCCAUUUUGGAGCAAAUAGCAACCAAAGCUAAUACCUUGUUACAUGUUCUCAAGCAAGAUGACGUAAAACCUGAAUAUGCAAUGAUUCGGAGGGCACGAAAUCUACAAGAUGGUGUUCGUGGGAGUUAUCGACGUCGAACAAAGAAGACGACGCAAGUAUCUUUAAGGGGGUUUGAACCUAGAAUCAACUUUUUAACAACAACGUUUAGUGUAGGGCAACGGUGUCAUUCAUGUCAUACUACAGAAACACCCGAGUGGCGGAGAGGACCUGAUGGAGCACGGACGCUAUGCAAUGCUUGUGGUCUACAUUAUUCAAAAUUGAUGCGGAAAGGCUCGUUAACGGUGCAACACCAAAAUGAAAUUGAAUCAGUAGCCUCCUCACCACGCGUAAUUCAAUAUCCAAACCAUAUCGGUGGCCGUAUGGGUGUAUGUAUUGGGCAACAGCAGGACGCUUUCAUCAACUAUAUAGCCGACACCCCUCAAUAG